UGGUCAGAGUCCCUCCAGCCAAUCAGGAGCUUGUGUUGCUCUCAUAUAGAUUCAGACACACAGAUCGUUCUUCUGCUUCUUCAGAUCGACGCUCUGCAGCACACGUCGCUUCGACUUCCUGUGGUCCAAAGAUGGCAAAGCCAUUGGAGGAGGAGUUAUUGGAUACUCUGAAUGAUUUGGACGAAGAGCAACUGAAAUCCUUCCAGUGGUAUCUGAAGGUGACUAAUUUACCUGAUGGUUUGCAAAACAUCAAAAAAGCCCAUCUGGAGAAUGCAGACAGGCGAAAGACGGUGGAUCUGAUGGUGCAGACCUACAGUGAAGACACUAUGAAAGUGACAAGGCUGAUUUUACAGAAGAUCAAUCGGGCUGAAGAUCAGUCAGAGACUAUUGCCAAAUGUCAUCAGAAAUUGAAACCCAGACUGAAGAAAAAGUUUGAAGAAGUUUUUCAAGGAACUUCAACCUCAGGAGAGUUUCUGAAUCAGAUCUACACAGAGCUCUACAUCACAGAGGUAGGGCCUGCAGAUAAUGAACAUGAAAUCAGUCAGAUUGAAAAAACAUCCAAGAAACCAGACGGACAAGAAACAACAAUCAGUCGAGAAGACAUCUUUAAACCCUCCGCUGGAAUAGAUGAACCAAUCACAGUGCUGACAAAGGGAGUGGCUGGCAUUGGGAAAACAGUCUUAACACAGAAAUUCACUCUGGACUGGGCUGAAGGCAAAACCAACCAGGACAUCCAGUUUGUAUUUCCUUUCACUUUCAGAGAGCUGAAUCUGCAGAAAAACAAUUACAGCUUGGUAAAACUUAUUCAUCUUUUCUUUGCUGAAACAAAAAAAGCAGGAAUCAGCAGGUUUGAAGAUUGUAAGGUUCUGUUCAUCUUUGAUGGUCUGGAUGAGUGUCGACCACCUCUGGAGUUCCACAACACUGAGACUAUGACUGAUGUCACAGAGUCCACCCCAAUGAAUGUACUACUGACAAACAUCAUCAGUCGCAAUCUGCUUCCCUCUGCUCACCUCUGGAUAACCACACGACCUGCAGCAGCCAGUCAGAUCCCUCGUAAGUUGGUUAACAUGGUGACAGAGGUCAGAGGGUUCACUGACCCACAGAAGGAGAUGUACUUCAAGAAGAGAUUCAGAGAUGAGAAGCAGGCCGGCAGAAUCAUCUCCUACAUCAAGGAAUCACGAAGCCUCCACAUCAUGUGCCACAUCCCAGUCUUCUGCUGGAUCUCUGCUACAGUUCUGGAGGAGCUGAUGAAAACCAGAGAGGAAGGAGAGCUGCCCAAGACCCUGACUGAGAUGUACAUCCGCCUCAUGGUGGUUCAGUCCAAACAGAAGAACGUCAAGUAUGAUAGAAAAUCUGAGACAGAUCCACACUGGAGUCCAGAGAACAUAAAGAUGAUUGAGUGCCUGGGAAAACUGGCUUUUGAGCAGCUGCAGAAAGGAAACCUGAUCUUCAGUGAGUCAGACCUGACAGAGUGUGACUUAAUUAACUCAGGAAUGUUCACACAGAUCAUUAAAGAGGAGAAGUGUGGAAUGCACCGGGACACACUUUACUACUUCAUCCAUCUGAGUGUUCAGGAGUUUCUGGCUGCUCUUCAUGUCACCAUCUCCUUCAACAAAGAAGGGGUGAACCUCCUGGCAGAGCCCUCCUUAUUUGAUAUAUUUAGAAAGAAAUCUGCAGAAAAAUAUCUUUACCAAGAUGCUGUGGAAAAGGUUUUGAAGACUCCAAAUGGACACCUGGACUUGUUCCUCCGCUUCCUCCUGGGUCUUUCACUGGAGACCAAUCAAAAACUUCUGCUAGGCCUGCUGACGCAGACAGGAAGUUACUCAGAGACCAAUCAGGAAACAAUCCAGUUCAUCAAGAAAAAGAUCAGUGCGAAUCUCUCUGCAGAGAAAAGUAUCAAUCUGUUCCACUGUCUGAAUGAACUGAAUGAUCGUUCUCUAGUGAAGGAUAUCCAACAGUCACUGAGUCCCUCAGGCGGUCUCUCCACAGAUAAACUGUCUCCUGCACAGUGGUCAACUCUGGUCUUCAUCUUACUGUCCUCAGAAACAGAUCUGGAUGUGUUUGACCUAAAGAAAUACUCCACUUCAGAGGAGGCUCUUCUGAGGCUGCUGCCUGUGGUCAAAGCCUCCAACAAAGCUCUACUGAGUGGUUGUGACAUAUCAAAGAGAAGCAUUGAAGCUCUGUCCUCAGUCCUCAUCUCCCAGUCCUCUAGUCUGAGAGACCUGGACCUAAGUAACAACGACCUGCAGGAUUCAGGAGUGAAGCUGUUGUCUUCUGGACUAGAGAAUACAAACUGCAAACUGGAAACUCUCAAGUUGAGUGGCUGUAACCUCUCAAAGAGAAGCUGUGAAGCUCUGUCCUCAGUCCUCAGCUCCCAGUCCUCUAGUCUGAGAUACCUGGACCUGAGUAACAAUGACCUGCAGGAGUCAGGUGUGAUGUUUCUGUCGGCUGGACUGAAGAGUCCACACUGCAAACUGACAACUCUCAGGCUGAGCAGGUGUAACCUCUCAGAGAGAAGCUGUGAAGUCCUAAGGUCCAAGUCCUCUAGUUUGAGAGACCUGGACCUGAGUAACAACAACCUGCAGGAUUCAGGUGUCAAACUGCUGACUUCUGGACUGAAGAGUUCACAGUGUACACAGACAACUCUCAGGCUGAGCAGCUGUAACCUCUCAGAGAGAAGCUGUGAAGCUCUGUCCUCAGUCCUCAGCACCCACUCCUCUAGUCUUAGAGACCUGGACCUGAGUAACAACGACCUGCGGGAUUCAGGUGUCAAGCUUCUGUCUGCUGGACUUGAGAGUCCACACUGCAAACUGAAAACUCUCAGGUUGUCAGGCUGUCUCAUCUCAAAGGAAGGUUGUAUCUCUCUGUCCUCUGCACUGAGCUCCAACCCUUCCCACCUGAAACUGCUGGACCUGAGCUAUAACCAUCCAGGAGACUCAGGACUGAAGCUGCUGGAUCAAUGCUGCAGACUGGACACUCUCAGGGUGGAGGAAAGCGGAAAGCAGCGGCUGAAGUCUGGUCUGAAGAAAUAUUUCUGUGAACUGGAUCUGGACCUGAACACAGUUCACCAACUGCUGCUCUUGUCGAACAACAACAGGACCAUCACUCAUGUGAGGGAGAAGCAGGGGUAUCCGGAUCAUCCAGACCGAUUUGACUGGUUUCCUCACGUGAUGUGUAGAACUGGUCUUACUGGUCGCUGUUACUGGGAGGUGGACUGGAAGAGAGCAGUUCACAUCGGAGUGGCCUACAAAGGACUCAAGAGAGACUACGAUGUUGAUGGACGUCUGGGAUGGAACGAUCAGUCCUGGUGUCUGGACUGCUCCCAUCUGAAUUUCUACAUCUGGUACAAUAACAAGAAGUACUUCUCAGGUCGCUCGUCCUCGUCUUCAGGACGAGCCGCAGUGUUUGUGGACUGUCCUGCCGGCACUCUGUCCUUCUACAGAGUCUCCUCUGGUACUCUGAUCCACCUCCACACCUUCAACACCACGUUCACGGAGCCCCUGUACCCGGUGUUCGGACCCGUACAGAACCUGUUUGACUCGUCUCUCACCCUCUGUCAACUGUAGCACAAACCGAUCUCCUCUGGACUUUUAUUGGGACAUUUCCUUUCCACUCAUACAGUUUCCAGGUGUAAAGACGUCCUACCAGACCUGCUCAGUUAGUUGGUAUUACGGCAAAAAUCCCCUUUUGCCAAGAUAUAAUUCCAGUAAUGCUACGUACAGCUACCAACUAUGAUUAAUAAGGCAUCAAAGUGGUAUGAGAUGUCCCUGAACAAAUAAUAAUGGUUGUGAAAACUUAAGGAAAAAGAUCUGGAUUGUACACUGAAUGAAAAAACAUGGGAGAGGAUUCUUUCCAACACAAAUAUUCCACGGAUACUAUUUCACGCCAACUAGACUAAAAAAAUCGGCCUCAUGCAGGACGAUCUAUGCUCGAAAUGUAGAAAUGAAUGUGGCAUAUAUGUACAUGUUUUAUGGAAAUAUCCUAAUGUCUCUCCCUUCAGUGACUAUAUGAGUUAACAGUUAGAAUUAUGAACUGCCAAGAUCACAAAGAUUAUGUCUACCUGGAGACAAAACAGAAGUGAUACAUCUUAAUAACUUUUCAUUUAUUCAUUGAUUAUUCAUUGUCCUUAGCCACUUAUCCACACUCGGGUCGCGGGUGGCUGGAGCCGAUCCCAGAUGACAUUGGGCGAGAGGUGGAGUACACCCUGGACAGGUCGCCAGACUAUCACAGGGCCGACACAUAGAGAUGGACAAUCACGCUCUCAUACAAUUUCAAUUUAGAGUCACCAAUUAAACCUAAGUACAUGCUUUUAGACUGUGGGAGGAAGCUGGAGGACCCGGAGAGAACCCACGCUGACACAAGGAGAACAUGCAAACUCCACACAGAGGAGUGUGGAGUCGGAGUCGAACCAGCGACCCCCUUGCUGUGAGGCAAGAGUGCUAACCAUACACCACCGUGUAGCCCAACUCAUUUAGAAUACUAAAAAUGGGUAUAAUAACCUGUACCAGGAUGAUUUAAGGUGUUGAAAGGCACCCCAACCUCCCACACUGAAUAUGUGGAAGGUUCAAAUGAUGGAAAAUGCUGCAUGUGAAAAGAUGCUUGGAAGACUGAAGUGGAGUAAUGAUAUGGUUAAUAAACAAUGGGACAGUUUCAGUGUAUAUAUAUUUGGUGGGAACAAUAAACCACCACCUAAAGACUGAUGUGGUAUAGUACAUUUAUAAUACCUUUACAUCAAUGACAUUUCUCUGAGACCAAACAACUGCCUUUCUCAUUUAAUGUUUGUCUUAAGGUGAAUUACCUGCCUGUUUUUCUGCUAUCGUUUUUGUCUCUGUUUUUCUGGUCUCAUUGAAAUGAAUAAUUCGGUCUGAGCGUGGUCUCAGACGUUCAGCUCUUCACCAUCAAUGGAAAACCAACACAGAAACCGAUAUGCACAAGUUAAUUUUCAAUAAAGCAGAGGUGUUAUCUGAAGAUGAUCCGGAAAUGAUUCAUGCCUCAUCAGUAAAGAGCUGUCCACACCAGGAAUGCUACCUCUAAUGAUAACUAUAGAGAUAACGAUAAUGAUAUGCGUCCACAAACAGCAGAACAAACAGGAAAUUCAUUAAUUUCCAUAAGAGUCAGAAACC